AAUUAUGUGGUUUUGAUUAUUUAAAAAUGCAAUGUGUGUGUCUGAGCUCAAGAGUACGAAAAGAUGCAGAUAAAUGUCGCUGAAACGUGUGAUCUCUUAAUGAGUCUUCUUGGUACCCAUGAUUCAGAAAAUAACUAUGUGUACUGGUUUCUAAUUACAUUUCUUUCUUACAGAAACUCAUUUUGGUUCAAAACACAUUCAAAAUGAUGCUACUUACCAUCAUUUUGAUGAUGUCAGUGGCGAUUCAAGACACGUACUCUUCUUCAGUCCAUUUUCAAUAUUACUUAAAAGAUGAAACUCCUGAAGGAGCAUCACUCCGGGUUCUCAGGAGAACUGAUCCUCGUCCCACAGCUGGAUCUCCUUCUCCCAAACUCUCGCACUUCUCCAUGGGUGCAGAUCCUCAGCGGAGGAUGUGGUGGGUGUCUCCAGAAAAGCCUUACACAAAAAGAAGGCAGCAUGUUGCAUACUACAACCUCAAUUCCUUCGGUCUCCGCUAUGGGAAGAGAGAACAGAACAUGCUUGCAGGAUUUAAACAGAAGAUUCAUGUAAAGUGAGGUCCAGUAGACCUUUUUUUUUCAAUUGUAUAUUGUUCUUUGUGUAUUCUUUGUGAUCCUUUAAUCAUCGGCAUGUGAUUGAUUGUACUAUUGGAUGGAUAUGUGGACAUAACAUCUCAGACAGCAACAUAGUGUCAGCCCAGAUCCAAGCCCACAUCUGGUACACGUUGAUUCCACACGGCCCAGACGUGGGCUGCGUCUGGGCCAACACUAUGUUGCUGUCUGGGAUUAGUGGGAUAGUUCAUAAUCUUCACUAUAAAGAGGUGUAUUGAUAACUUUGAGGCCCCAUUUUACUAGUAAUUAAAACAUUAUCAAACAACCUGAAUAAAGGGACUUUAUUUGGUGACAUUUAAAAUAAAUGGUAAAAAUGUUAUUUAAAAUUACUGAAUCGUAAACUAGGUUCAAUACAUUAGGUUACACCCCUGAAAGUGAUUUGAUUUUUGCGUGUGUAUACUAUAUGUAAUGUACUUCCUUUUCACA